UGUUCUUGGCCCUCCCUCGAUCCCCACCAUAACAACAACAUGGCCCACCAUCCUCCUCCUCACCACCUCGACUUCCAUCCCCACCACCACCACGAUCCCAAUGCCGCCUUCCCCAAUCCCGUCCCCUUCUCCGUACGCAAAAGGGCUUGGCAACACUCUAAUCCUAGAGAUAAUUUUGAAAACCCCAAUCAUGCCAAGCUUUAUGUGAAACAAGUUUCGCGAACAGCCACGGACGACGUUAUUCGGUCCUUGUUUGGACAGUUUGGAGAGAUAGUCGAGGUUUAUAUUUUGAAGGAUAAGCUGAAUGGCGGCCAACAAGGAAAUUGUUUCGUCAAGUAUUCAACAUUAGAUGCAGCAGAGAGGGCUAUCCGAGCCUUAAAUUGUCAGCAUUAUUUUCCUGGGGAACCUAGUCCUAUCGUAGUAAGAUUCGCUGAUGGGGAGAGGGAACGCCUCGGGCUGCAAGACAGAUUGUAUGUUUGUGGCAUUCACCCGGAUGCUUCAAAUGAAGACAUUGCGGAAAUAUUUUCACCUUAUGGUCAUAUUGAAGAUAUCUACAUUAUGAAGCCAAAUCGUGGAACCGGGUUUGUUAAAUUUUCCAGUGGAGUUAUGGCUCUGGCAGCAAUCAAAGCUUUAAAUGGAACCUUUGUUAUGAGAGGUUGUGCCCAGCCAUUGAUUGUUCGUUUUGCGGAUCCAAAGAGACCAAGGGAAAUAGAGCGAAGGGGUAAUUAUGUAUUUAGCAGUGCACCUGGUGGUCCGUACUCUCACGAACCAGUUAGGCCAGUGUCCGAUCACAGUGGUUCCAAUGGAGGACAGAAUUUUCCAAAUGCAGCUUAUCCUGUCCAACAAGUUUCACAACCCCCGAUUCCCUAUUUAGCCAACCAGGAACCACUGGCUUCUACAGUGAUGCAACCAACGUUUCCUCCGUUAAGACCACCUUUACAGUUGUCCAGGAUGCCUCUACAACAAACGCAGAUUACUCCAACAAGUUCUCAGUCUUCUCAAGUGGCAGUCACGGAGAUGCAGAAACUGCAUCUGCCACAAUCACCUGGGCAAAUACUUGGGCAGCAACAGGGUUCUCAGACAUUUUCUAGCAAUUCUACUUCAUCAGCGCUGCCGUCAAGUCAUGAGAUAACUGAUCCUCUAGAGUGUGACUGGAGCGAACAUACCUGCCCUGAUGGAUACAAGUAUUAUUAUAAUUGUGAAACUUGUGAGAGCAAAUGGGACAAACCUGAGGAGUUUGCUUUAUUUGAGAAACAGUUGCAGACACAAGCACAGCCGAAUAAUCCUUCUCACCAUCUUCAAUCUGUGUCAUUGGUUCCUUCUACACAAAUAGUAUGUCAAAACCAGCAGGAACUCAAUCAGGUGCAAUUGCAGUCUGAAACAAGUCCUGUUGUUGGCCCAACAUGUGUGUGACAGAGUGGUUAACAUUACACACAAGUUCACAACCUGUUCCUAUACCUGGGUUAGGAUUGAGCCAUCAGUUGGCUGCGGGUAUAUUAGCAAAAUCGUGAUUAUUGGUUCACACCUACCUCUGAAUUCUACUUUGAUUGAAGAACAACUAAAUGAGAGCGAAUUGUGUACAACAAGUGCUAUUCUGCAGGGAGAUGGUGGUACUUAAACUCUUUUUAUAUUCUUAUUGUAUCUUAUUAUUAAGUAAGGUAUUAGACAUUUAAGUAGCUUAGAAUAGUGAACACUUGCAAUCUGUUAGACACUAUAGGAAGGUGGCCAUGACUGCUUCUGAGUCUUCGAGAUGGUCUUAAUGCCAUCCAAUCAACUUGUUCCUAUAAGUCAGUUAUGUAAUAAGGAGAUAUGUAUCAACUGCAGUUUGCUGAAAU